AAUUAUAGUCAUAUUUUCCCAAAAAAAGUGUUUGCGUACAUUAACUAUAAAGUUACUGUAACAAGACUUAGUUUUUUAAAUUCGAUGAGAUAAUAAUACAGUGUUUAGAUCUAGAUCUCAACAUGCGUUUGUUUGUUUCCACAAGAGAAUAUAUAGUAAUUAAUUAUUUUUUGUAGAUCAAAGCUCGCUAAUAGUCAUGGCUAGCCAUGAACAAGGUGUAAUAGAACAAGCUACUCAAUUGACUGAUCCUAAUACUGUCACUGCAGAAGACCAACCUCUUUUGCAGAAAAACAAGAAACUGCAAAGGAUACCUUUCUUUCAAAGGUUUCGACAGUCCAUACUGAUCAAGUCCAAAGCUGCUAAGAUGAUACUUUUUUGGAAUACUCUAGUUGUAUUAAUUUUCGGAUAUUUUGCAAAUCCUGGUAAUUCUAUCAACUUGCCUGAGGUGUACACGUACCCUACAAAUACCAUAGUUUAUUACAUCAUGAUAGGAUCAGGGGUGUAUGGUGUGAUUGCGUUUUGGCUGCUGUUUUACCCCCUGGCUGGAUACUUGGCUGAUGUUCGUUUUGGGAGGUAUAAAGUUGUUAUGUGUGGAUUGAAAACAAUGUGGGGAUCAUUGUUGAGCUUAAUCAUCUGUGGAGGUGUCUUUUGUUGUAUAACUUUGCCUGUUAUCUUUCUGAAAUGUUCAGAUUCACAUUCCUCAGUUUGUGAUAUUUUUAUCUACUCUGUUAUUGCUUUGGGAAUUUUGUUGUCUUUUGUUGUAGUUGUUACUAUACUAACAGGAUUUGCUACAUUUUCUGCUAAUGUGAUACAGUUUGGAAUUGACCAGCUUCAAGACUCUCCUGCUAGAGAUUGCUUCUUAUUUAUUCACUGGUUUUUAUUCACACUUUACUUUGGAAUUGGUCUGGGAAAGAUUGCGUAUAGCAUGGGAAUUUCCACUGGUGGUUAUAGUUUUAUUUUUUAUUAUGCAUUUGUGUUGUUUUUGUUCUUGAUUGCUGUUCCUGUUUCUCUUUGUGUUGCUAAGCGCAGGUGGUUUAUUACCGACUCUGGAAUUGGCAACCCGUAUAAAGACGUAGCAAGAGUUGUUUCUUUUGCUCGGAAACACAAAGUACCAAUUAGACGCAGUGCCUUUACCUACUGGGAGGAUGAUAUACCGACAGGACUGGAUCUUGGCAAGAGCAAGUAUGGAGGACCCUUCACAACAGAGCAGGUGGAGAAUGUGAAAUCAUUCUUUGGAAUUUUGUACAUCUUGCUUUCACUCGGACCAUUCUUUGCAGUGGAUAUUGCUGCAUCUGUUUUCCUUCUAAUUCUGAAACAUCACAUGACAAGUACAAGUACUAGCUUUCUAUAUGAUGUCAGUUUUGAAAACAUACUUGAUUCUGCAUUUUCAACUGGUGAUACACUUUACCCUGUUAUCAUUGUCGUUUUGCUUCCAGUUUAUCUCAAAAUAAUUCAUCCUCUACUUCAGAGAUAUGGUAUCCUAAAGCGUAUUGGAAUCGGUCUUUGUCUAAUCACAAUCAACCUAAUCUGCUCACUGCUAAUUGACUCAAUUGGUCACCUUCUACCCAGUGGUCUGAAUUCCACCUCUGUAUUUCAACCUCAACACUUCAGUUUCAAUGAAUUUAAGUAUGUGGGCCCGGCACCACUGAACGUUUCUCCACAGUUCCUUAUUAUUCAGCAAGUCCUUUUAGCAAUGGCCUACAUACUGAUCUAUGGUGGUGUGUUUGAGUUUAUUUGUGCACAAAGCCCUCAUUCCAUGAAAGGUCUUCUCAUUGGAAUCUCCUUUGCUGUUAAAGGAGUCUUUCAGCUGAUCGGUGUUCUUGGAAUUCUGCUACCAUUCAGUUUCUGGGUUUCCUCCCCAAGAGCAGGUUUGGUGUAUUUCUCAGUCAACAUAGUGAUAUCUGUCGCUGGUGUUGUGGCUUUCACAGUAGCGGCAAAGAAGUACCAGUAUCGACAGCGUGAUGAGUUCUGCAAUAUACGGAAGUUCAUUGAAGAGUUUUAUGAAAAGGAUAUUAGUCAUAAUCGAGAGUUUGAGGAACUAGAUGUCAACACUGCUGACAAUUAGAAAACUGCAUGCCUCAUGAGAUCAGCUAGUGAUGUAGUUAAUAAUUGUUCCAUAAUUAUUAUUGACUUGUAAAUUAUAGAUAGCUAAUGCCACUUUAUUUUUGGCCAUUUUAUAUUAUGUUUUAGACAUUCAGCCUAUACACACACAAUUAUAAAAAUGCGAUAAUGUACUAGAUAUCAAUGUUGCGAUUCAGAGUUAUAAAGACAACUUUCCAAAGCUCUUAAGGUUUUG